AUGGCAGAGAAAGAAAAAGAAUAAUCAGCCUUUGAAGACGAGGCAGAAAAAUAAAAGUUCAGAUAGUAUUUAGAGAAAAGAAAUGAGAGUUAAGUUAGAAAGGUCUUUUAAAAUGGUAAGAUGAUGAAUGGUUGUACAUUAGAAUUUGAUACAGCAUUCGGAAUCAAUUGUAGAUAAAUUUAAGGAUAGCUUUCUAUAAUAGGAGAUGGUUAGAUCGUAUUUAAUGCUGCUAAUAUGAUUGUCAUUAAGGAUUUAACAUCGAAAUAGUAUCAAUUUAUUCAAAAGGAAAACAGAUUUAAAAACAUUACUUGCAUGACGGCUCAAUAGCUUAAAAAUAAAAGCAUUAUUAUCGCGGUCGGAGAAUCAUCUAUGAACGAUGACAAACCUGCAAUGAUAGUUGUUACAUAUUAGAAUAAAUGGCAUGUUUUAAAUUAAGGAUAAAAAGGUGUAGUGAAAUAGGUUAGCAUCAAUACUGAAAAAUCUUAUUGCUGUGGUUUAAUUUUACCAUAGGGAUCUAACCAGCCAAUUCUUAAUUUUUGGAGCUAUAAAAAAGAUAAACUGCUAGCUACUAUGCCAGUUAAAGCAAAUCUAGCUAAAUUCUCAUUGCAUCCUUCUAAGUCGUCAAAUAUUGUCUUGACAGGAUAAAAUUAUUUUAGAAUGUGGGAAGUAUUCUUUUAAGAGAAGCAAUUAAAAGAAUCGCACAACCCUUUAGUGCCACUAAAGAUUGAAAAGGAAAAUCGUUUUUUAGAUCAUGUGUGGAUAACAAAUACUUCAGUGCCAACUCUUGUAGUAUUAGCGGCAGGGAAUUUAAUUCUAAUUCUAUAAAAUGACUAAUUAAAAAGAACUGUAGAAAUUGAUGUUGCAAAUUUAAAUAUUGUUGAUGCACCAGUAAAUCAAGUAAAUUUAGGAGAAAACGAUAUUGAAGAUGUAUAUGGAUUACACAACGUUUUAGAUGAUAUUAUUAGGGAUAAGGGAAACAAAGAAGGAACUAAUGAGAAGGCUAUAAAAUAAGUAUAAAAUAAUACUUAACUGGAAUUUAUAAGCAUAACAUCAACUAGAAGAGGAUUCAUUUUAGGAGGAAAUAGAGGAUGUGUCUGUAUUUAUGAUAUUGAAAAGAAUUAUUAAAUAGUAAACAUAAUGAGUUUUGAAAUGAAGUUUUAGAAUAAUGAUGACCAUAAGAUUUUCUUCUUAUCAAGCUCCAGCAAUGAUAGUAUUAUUUCGAUAGCUUCUUAUGAGCCCGCUGGUAGUAUAACUUACCAUUUACUAAAUACAUAUUAGCUUGAUACAGAAGUAUCUCCAAUCCAACCAUUUUUCACUGCUGGUUUCCAUACAAAAAAAAUAAACGGAAUUACAACCUCAAUUACUAAAAACAUAUUCGCGACAUGCUCUGAAGAUAACACAGUAAAAAUAUGGAAUUAUUAUGAAAGUGAAAGUUAAGAAAAGAGAGGUAUUAUAAGUCAAUAUUUCAAAGAAGAACCAUUAAGUGUUAGUUUGCAUCCUUUUGGCAUGUUUAUUGCUGUAGGAUUUACAAAUGGAUUUAAAAUUUUUGCUAUUUUAAAUGACCAACUUUAUCCUUUGAAAGAAGUCAACCUCACUAAUUGCAAACUUGUAAAAUACUCUCAUGGUGGUCAUUAUUUGUUAACAAAUGAAAAAAAUACAAUUCUUAUUUACGACACUAUUUACUAUGAAGCUUAAUAAAUUCUAGAAGGUCAUCCUGCUUUAAUUAGGGAUGUCUGUAUUACAUCUAAUGAUAUUUACAUUGUUUCUACUUGCAUGAAUGGGUAUGUUUUUUGCUGGAAUAUUUUAGAGUCUACUUAAAAUAUACAAAAAACCUUUGAGCACCAAGAAAAUUCAAUUUAUAAUUGCAUUUACUAUGACUUGGAUGUCUUAAAAAAAGAAGGAGAGCAAUCUGAUGAAUCAAAUUUGUUCGUUGGCUGCUCAAACGAGAAAUAUCUUAGUAUUUAUAAAGAAAGAUGGAAAAAAAUUGUAGCUGAAUUCCCAGUUACAGAUUGCUAUGUCACUAGUCUAGUGGUUUCAACAUAGCUAAAAUGCAUAUUUUUAGGUACUAAUAAGGGUAGAGUCAGAGUCAGUGUUUGGCCGUUAGAUGAUGACGCUAUGGAAUAUGAAUAGUAUAACCCUAAUACUGUCUAGGUUAUGUAAAAGAUUCCAGAUUUCUUUGAAAUCGCAGUACACUCAUCAGCCAUUACUCAAAUGGUUCUUUCUUAUGAUAAUCAAUACUUAUUCACAGGAGAUGAAGAUGGGUAAGUUUUCAUGCUAAAAAUAGCUGACGUAUUUGAAAAUGGAGAACUCAUCGAUUUUAAGAAAAACUCAGCAACAAAUUCUAAAAAUGAGGAUAAACUCAGAAUAGAAUAAACUUCUAAUGACUUAUUCCUUGCCAAAAUUUCCAAAAUCAUGGAAAAGAAUGAGCUUAAAAAGAAACUUUAAUUCGAAGUUGUAAAAUUAGAGUAAACCAAGAAAAUAGAAACUCAAAAGCUUGACAAUAUGUACAAGUAAAAAAUGGAUGCAAUCAAUAAAGACUUUUAAAUCACGAUGGAAAGUGACAUGAAAAUGAAAGAUACAUUUGUGUCGAAAUCGAAUGACGAAUAUAAUAAAUUGUAUGAGCAGUUUGUUACAGAAUAAAAAAAAUACAAAUAAGAUAUUGAAUAAUUGGAAUAAUUGCAUAAAUAGAAAAUUGAGUAUGAAAACUAAAGAAACAAAGACUUAGAAGAUGAAAUUGAAAAAAUUAAGCAGAAACAUAAAGAUGACUUAUAAAAUUUGCUUAAUUAGCACAAAGAAGACUUAAAAAAGUUAAAAAUGAAUUUCUAUGAGAAAUGCCAAAAAAUAUAAGUAAAAUACUCAAAUGUCGUUGAUAAUACUAAAAAUUUUGGUAACGCAUUUAUCACUCGUUUAGAGAACUAAGAUGUAGAAUAUGAGAAAGAAAUAGAUGAAAAGAUAAAAGAAUUAAAGGAAGAAAUAUCUAAGAUAAAGAGGGUUAAUGAAGAUCUUGAAAAGAAGAAUCAAGAUCUUAUAAAGCAGUAUGAAAAGUUAAAACGUGAGGAUGAAGAUUUACAAAAAAAAAUUGAUGAAUAAUUGAAACGCCACAAUGAAAUUAGAAUGGAAAAUUUAAAGAAUGACCAAGAUAUUCUUAAAAUGUAGCAUUAAUUAUUAGAAAGAUUAUAAGUUAUUGAUAGCAAGGAAGAAACAUGUAAAUAAGCUAAAGAUGAACAAAUUAAUCUUGAAAACUUUAGAUACAUGUUAAACUAGAAAAAGAAGAGCUUGCAAAACGAAAAAGGAAAUCUCUUAGAUAAAAUAACAAACAAAGAAAAAAAUCUAAAAAAUAUGUUUAAUGAAUUGAUUAAAGAAUCUAAUUAAAAUGAACAAAAGUAUUAAGAUCUUAAAAAAUUGAACGCAGAAAUUAAAGUCUUAGAAAACUCUAUUAAAAAGUGCGAAGUCGAGAUAUUCUUUAACACAAAUAAACUUACCUCAUUCUAAAAUUAACUACAAACAAUUAUGAAGAGCUAAGAAAGUGUCACAGUAGUAGGUAAGAAACUUUAUGACAUGCUAGAGAAAUCUAAGAACAACGAGGAGUUUAAUAAGUAUUCAUCUAAAAAGGUUAUUUCUAAUGAAGAUAUUAAGGAAAUCAUUAAGAUGAAACAAGAAAAACCUAACGAGGUCAAUGAUGAACUUUUAAGAUAAGGAAGAUGGAUGACUAAAAAGCUUCAUUUAAUUAAAAUUACAUCUGAUAAAUUAAAAUAAAUUCGUGGAGAUAAUAUCAACACAAUUUUGAAUUAGAAUACUAAACUCAUCGAAGAGUGCAAUUUGUUGAGAGGUGAAAAUGAAAGAUAUAGAAAAGAAAUGAAAAAAAUUGAGAAAUUACUUGCAGAAGCUAUUAGAAAGAGGCAAAAACUUAGAAACUAAUCAUCUUAAAACCCAGCUUAAAUGAAGAAAUUGAUAGAGAAAUAUGAUGAAAAUGAAGAAAAGCUACAGAGUCAAAAAGAAAGAAUUUCAAAUAUUAAACAAUCAAUAGAAGAAAUUGUAAGCAAGGUUGAUGAGUCAUCUAGUCGCUUACCAGCUAUAAAUAAUAAAAAGGGAGCAGGUAUGUCGAUUACUGUUAAUUAGAGUGGCCUUUCCACAGAUAUAAGUUAAAGUAGAAUAGGAAAAUAAGGUAUUUAGGCCUCCUCUACAAAAGAUAAAUCAGUUCUCUCUUAAUAAAAUAACUAAUCUAUUAUAGGAACUAACAACCCUCAAGGGCAAGUUCAGUAUCCAGAAACUGUGGUUGAAAAUCCUUUAGAGCAUGAUAGACCAACAACUUCCGAAAUGGGAAGAAAGAAAAAAUUAAAUAACAUUAUUACUAAUAAUAAUUGA